UCAUGGGAUCGCCCCGCACCCGCAGCUCCGUUUCAACCGUGAAUUCCUGCCCCUGAUCUCCGCCGUUCAAAACUCUGCGCCUGGUCUGGGAAGGGUCUGAGGGAGGCCCAGGCACUCUCCAUCGAAGAGAGAGUGGCUUUGGGAAAUCCGAGGCCGGGCAUCAAUCGCGGGAUUUUCAGGGAACCGGAAGGCCCGUUAUAAAGUCGUUCAAUCAGUAUCUUAGUCACAAACGAUACGAUGACCCUGAAGAAGACUAAGUCCAUGGAUGAGAUCCUGAAUAUCCGACCUUUUAAAGUCUCGACUUGGAAUAUGGUUAUUGCUUAACUGAAGUGCAAUGCUGUCACGUGCAAAACCUGCUGUUGGUGGGGAAACGCUGCAGAUGGAUAAAAAGAAGAAAAAGGGGAAAAAGAUUCCGAAGCUGGAGGAAUAUCUGGCCAGUAGAGACUACUCAGGGGCCCUGACAUUGCUGGAGUUCAAGCGGCAUGUGGGGGAGAAUGAGGAAGACGUUGACUUGUGGAUGGGAUACUGUGCAUUCCACCUUGGAGAUUAUAGGAGGGCCAUGGAGGAAUAUGAAGCCCUGACAAAGAAUGAAGACUGUCACCCUGAUGUUUGGGUGAACCUAGCAUGUACUUACUUCUUUCUGGGGAUGUACAAGGAGGCAGAGGAGGCAGCAAUGAAAGCUCCUAAAAGUCGAUUGCAGAAUCGCCUAUUGUUUCACCUGGCUCACAAGUUCAGUGACGAGAAGCGGUUGAUGAACUACCACCAGAAUCUACAGGACAUCACUGAAGAUCAACUCAGUCUAGCUUCAAUCCACUACAUGCGUUCCCAUUACCAGGAGGCUAUUGAUAUCUACAAACGCAUCUUACUUGACAACCGGGAGUUCAUGGCCUUAAAUGUUUAUGUAGCACUCUGCUACUACAAACUGGAUUACUAUGAUGUUUCCCAGGAAGUUCUGGCAGUCUAUCUGCAGCAUUACCCUGACAGCACAAUCGCACUGAACCUGAAGGCCUGCAAUCACUUCCGACUCUACAAUGGCAAGGCAGCAGAGGCAGAACUAAAAAAUUUAAUGGACAUUGCUUCUCCUGUAUUUGAUUUUGCAAAGGAGCUCAUUAGGCACAACUUGGUGGUAUUCCGUGGUGGGGAUGGAUCUCUGCAGAUCCUCCCACCACUUAUUGAUGUCAUCCCUGAAGCCAGGCUCAACCUCGUUAUUUACUACCUCCGGCAAGAUGAUGUACAGGAGGCCUAUAAUCUUAUCAAGGACCUGGAGCCAACAACUCCUCAGGAGUACAUCCUGAAAGGUGUGGUGAAUGCGGCUCUUGGUCAGGAACAGGGUUCGAGGGAGCACCUGAAGAUUGCACAACAAUAUUUCCAGCUGGUCGGAGGCUCUGCCAGUGAAUGUGAUACCAUCCCUGGACGUCAGUGUAUGGCCUCCUGUUUUUUUCUACUGAAGCAGUUUGAGGAUGUUUUGAUCUAUUUAAACUCUGUCAAGAGUUACUUCUAUAAUGAUGACCUCUUUAACUUCAACUAUGCACAGGCAAAAGCAGCUGUUGGCAACUUCAAAGAGGCUGAGGAGGUUUUUCAGCUGAUUCAGAGUGAGAAGCUGAAGAAUGACUACAUUUACCUCAGCUGGCUAGCCCGUUGCUAUAUCAUGAACAAGAAGCCCCGCCUGGCAUGGGAGCUUUAUUUGAAGAUGGAGACAUCAGGAGAAUCCUUCAGUCUAUUGCAGCUCUUGGCUAAUGACUGCUACAAGAUGGGACAAUUCUACUAUGCUGCAAAAGCUUUUGAUGUGCUUGAGCGCCUGGAUCCAAAUCCGGAGUACUGGGAAGGAAAACGUGGUGCAUGUGUUGGGAUUUUUCAAAUGAUUUUAGCGGGCCGGGAACCAAAGGACACCAUGAGAGAAGUUCUCCAUCUUCUUCGGAAUACUGGGAAUCCUCAGGUGGAAUACAUAAUCCGAACCUUAAAGAAAUGGGCCAAAGACAAUCGGGUAUCUGUUUAAAGGCCCAGAGCAAAAGGACCAAAAAAUGGAGUGUGGGCCAGAAGGAGCUGCUGCCUUCUUCAUGGUGGGCUCGGUUUCUCUCACUGACGUGUGAGUAGUUAUUGCACAGCCCCAACACACAGCUGUCUGGAUGUGCAGUGAUGCAAUGCAGCAUUCCAUGGAAGAUGCCUAUUGCUCUCUGACUGAUUGCAGUUAACGAUCUACCAAAAUUAAAACCGCAUGUUUAAUGCACUUUCAAUUCCCUUUGUGACUUUGCUGCUCUCGGUGAAUAAAGACUUUUUCGAGAGCUUCCAUGUCUGCAUGUUGAAUUAUACAGGUAUCUACUGCAUACUGACCACUAUUAUUAUAUUAUUCUCUGCAUCCAGUUAUCUGAACAGGACACAGGGCAAAAGUGGCUUCAUAAAUUACAAAAUCCCCUUAAACUUCUAUUGCGGAAGCUAUGCUUCCCCCACUUCACAUGAGUAUGCAAUAGUAACAAUCAAAGAAAAUAACUGCAGUUUCAAAUGACCUAUUGCUCUGCUGUCCUGCAACUUUUGUCACAAAAUUGCUUGCUUCUUUGUUUAUUUGGUUGGGUUUAAGCUCACUUACAUGAUGAGUAAAUCUAUGGAUUAAUAGCAAACAUGCCCCAACAAUGAUCCCAUCAUAUGGAAACCAGAUGUAGUUUACCCACAUGUAGAAUUCCUGCCAGGAGCAGUGCUAGGCAGUGGUGAUGGUUUCUCUCCCCUCCCCCCAGUCCAGAAAGAAUAAAGUGUCAGGCAAUCCACAUGCUGUGGGCAGACUUCCAGUUAGAGAGCAGCAGCAGAAGCCAGACAGGGGAGCAGGUUGACACUCAGAACUGUGGAAUAAGAAAUGCAGUGGGGGAAUAAGAAAUGCAGUGGGGGAGCAAAGCAAGGCAGCACAUUUAAAUUUGCUAACCUGUGUCCUACACUGUACAAUUUUAUCAGAUGUAAAUUGAUCAGGCUCAACUGUGAUGCCCCACUCCUUGGUGGAAUAAGCUAUACAGACUCACCAUCAAGUUCAUGUUUGUAAAGAACAAUUAUUUGCAUGAGGUGUCUCGUCCUGUGCUUUUGGGACCAAAAUCUAACACCAGGCUAUGGCUCAAGGUGAACCUUUAUACAUAAAAAUUGUUUAAAACAAUAUUUACUGGUUAAUAUCAAUAUACAGUUUGGUUAUUGGCAUUCUGUAUCCUUGUCUGUUUUUGCAUAAUUCUUGUAUAAUUAGCAUACUUGUACAUUUUCUUGUGUAAAUAAAGCAUUUACUUUCAACACUC